AUGUCUUCUGACCCGUUCGAUAGCUCUCCAAAUUUCAGUCAAUUACAAAUAGAAAAUCUACGUCUUCAUGAAGAAAACAAACGUCUUAAAGAACAUGUUAAUUUGUUGUCUCAACGUGGAUGGAAUAAUGCCGGCAGCAGCAGUGACUUUAAUAUAAUUAACUCAGUUCAGCUUGUAACAAAUAUUGCUAACCUUCGAGACACGCUAAACGAAUUCACAAAUUUGAAAUUGGGCAAUGAACUUCGAAUUAAUCAACAGGCCGCAUUUCAAUUAUUCAACAAAUAUAAAUGUAGAAGAAGUAUCGAGUUUACGAAACUCUAUCACUCAGAGAUUGAUGUCUUCAACUCGAAUAUCUCGUCGGCACCACUCGAUAAUGGGCUGGACUUCAGGCAAAUCUUGAAAUUCGCUCUUCAACGUCUCAUCAUUGAAACGAUUCUUGAGAAAACUCAGCAGUACAUCGAAUUGGUAGUAAAUUCACGACCAAAUAACAAAAUAGCUCUCGAAGAAAAUCUCGAGGCAAAUAUAAUCAAAAUAUCAAAUGACUUUAUAGUACAUGUAAACGAUUUCGACAAAUUCCGUUCUGGAACAGACGACCUCACUAAAAAUCUCCCGGUGAAAAUUCGUCAACAGACAGCUGCCAUAUUAGGUGCUCGAGCAUUCAACAAGGAAUCUCAUCCGUUUAUCACGCACUUGACAAAGGAAUUAUUCGACUUGUUGAAUCAGCAUCGUACAAUUUCUAAUCAACAGAAACUCCAGGAAAUUCAUCAAAUGAUACCACAACUUAUUCGUGAUGUCAUUCGUGUGUUGUUCUUUAAUUUGUCAGCGCAUGAACCGUCUCCAAAGGUGAAAUUUUUCGAAGCUGGUGUGCCUUUGGAUUUGGAGCUGAUGGAAGGUGCAUUUGAACCUAAUGAAAGUUUGAAUUUGGAGGUCGAAAUUUGUGCUUUCCCUAUUAUCGGAACAGACUUAAACAAUCGUGACCGUAAAUUAUUCAAAAAAGCUCAAGUUUAUGUCGUCGAAAAAAACAGGUCAAAGAAUACACUUGCCAACACACUUGCCAGCAAAUCAGACUGA